UCGAGGAAAGUCGGCAACUUUUUCCUCUUUCGUUAUUAACUUUAACACAACAGAAACGUCUCCUUGCCUCAUAAUGUGCGGCUUCUGCAGCAUCAAAUGUUGUUUCAUUUUCUUCAAUACACUCUUUCUGGCAUCUGGAAUUGCUCUUAUCAUUAUCGGAGCACUGCAAUACUCAACUUAUUCACAGAUGGCCGUCUUUGCAGGCAACAGCUUGUCUCAUAUUGCUUUAGUCCUCAUUGCAGUAGGUGUCACCAUCACCAUCAUUUCCCUCUUGGGCCAUUUUGGGGCAUUCAUUAAUAAUUCCUCCAUGGUGGCUUGUUUCAUCUGUAUCCUGAUAGUGAUCAUCCUUUUGGAGUUACUCACAGGAACUGCCUUUUAUAUAUUUCGCAGCAGGACUGCCCUUCUGCAGAUGAAUCAGAUGAACAGUGCUAUGACCAACAAAGCACGACAGACGAUCAGCGAAUACAGCCCGGAGAAGAGACACGCCGUCAACAGGAUUCAGGAAAAGUUGAAAUGCUGUGGUGCAGACGGCGCCGAUGACUGGUCCCAUAGUAUGGGCUGGCAAAACUACAACGCCGUACCAGAUUCCUGCUGUAAAGUAAGAAGUGAAGGCUGUGGACAGGACAAGACCAAAAUAUACAAAAAGGGAUGUUUAUUAGCCAUCAAGCUCUUUCUGUUGAAGAAUUUUGUUUGGGUUGGUGCUGUCUGCAUUAGUCUUGGAGUUACAGAGGUCUUCGGAGUGGUAGUUGGUUUGUUCUUGUGCCUGGACAUAAAACGAAAGAACUAUGCAAAUAUCAGCUAAUCUGUUAGCCAUCCCCACACAUAAUUAACACAUUUGAGUUUUAAAACUAUUUUGAUCCAUUUGUUUCGCUACACUAUGUCUUAUUAUUCCCAAACUGCUUCUACACAUAAUUAUAUAAUAAUUGAUAUGCUUAAAAGCCUUAUUGCUACUUCUAUUUUUAUUAGAUGUGUCCAUUACAGUAUCGUGUUUAACAAGAUCUUUGAUUCUUUGUGAUUUAUGACAUUGAAAACAUCUGUAAUAUCAGUCUUGAGAUAUUGAUAUCCUCCUUAUAUAAGCAAUAAAUAUGUGAUUUAUCUUG